ACAGAAAAUAUUUUAAUAUUGCUCAGCUGCCUCGGCGGGCUCAAAAUCCACGCUAAAACCUGAAGAAUUCAGGUGACCCAAGUCCAUCCUUCACUUUGAAAUGGUUUUGUUUUGAAUUCCAUCUGAAAAGCAAUCCUCAUCUCAACUGCACAUUCCCAUAAUCGAUCGAGGAACUCCUGAGUAGUGGCCAAAUUCACGGUUAGGCGUGGUAUCCUCUCCAGCUCAUCGUUCGUCGAAUUCUUCUUCUUGGAUAUGGCUGAUCGACAACCAAUGGAUCAACAGCAUCAACUUGAUCCACAGUUGCAAUCCCCGCAGUCACCGAGAGAGGACAUGAUUGCAUAUGUGAUGGCCUUGGAAGCUGCUCUGCUUCCGUGCUUGCCUGCAAGAGAGUUACAAGCAAUAGACCGAUCUCCUCACCCUUCUCAUCAAAUUGACGUGGAGAGACAUGCUAGGGAUUUUAUGGAGGCAGCUAAAAAGCUUCAACUGUACUUCAUUGGUUUACAACGUGAGGAUCAACCAAUCAAAGUGGAAACACUAAGAAAGGAGAUAUCCGCCAUUGAGGAGGAACUAAAAUUAAAGAAUGACAUUAUCAAGAAGCAUGAGAGGCUCAUUGAAGGGUGGAAGAAGGAUUUGAAAGACCAGUUAGCCAAACAUAACAAUGAAUUAGAGAAGGUUUAGUAGCUCCAAUAGUCUGCACUAUCCAAUACUCUAUUGUUAAGUUAAUUGUAGAUGCGAUCAAUUAAUGGGUGGGGUUUGGUGUGGCAUAUAUUGUUCAGUCUCCUUCUUCAGUUGGAUCUGUUAUGAGUCCAUAUUUCAUACUGACUAGAAAAACGUGGAAAAGUGUAGGGGAUUGCAGAGAAUGCAAUAUUGCCAAGUAACUAAUAUGAUAUGUAUUCAUGAA